AGGCGGCAGUACCUUGGACAGAGCCACCGCGACUCACGGAGCCCGCCCGGGAGCCGCUCCGGAGCGCCUCGAGGAGCAGAACUGAGGCGUGAAGCUCCAUAAGUGCCCCCAAGUGGCUUCAAUUUCUGUCCUCAACAAAAGAUACCAAAAAGAAAUGCAGGAAUGCCUAUCCUAGAAAAAAACAUGCAGAAGAAAGAGAAAGAUACCUGCAGUAAAGAUGAGACAGCAGUGCCAAAACUUCCAGUCCCACCACUGCAACAGACCUUAUGCAUGUACCUACAGUGCAUGAAACACUUGGUGCCAGAGGAGCAAUUUAGAAAGACCAAGGUAAUUGUGGAGCAGUUUGGAAUUGCAGGAGGCCUGGGGGAAUCUCUGCAGCAAAUCCUCGAGGAAAGAAGGGAAAAGACAACAAAUUGGGUGUUUAACUACUGGCUAGAUGACAUGUACCUCAACAACCGGCUUGCUCUUCCAGUCAAUUCCAGCCCAGCAAUUAUCUUUGCUCGUCAGUAUUUCAAAGAUGUAAACGACCAGCUGAGGUUUGCUGCCAAUCUCAUUUCAGGCGUGCAAGACUAUAAAGCUUUACUGGACACCCAUGCUUUACCUGUUGAUUUUGCUCGUGGACAGCUGUCUGGUCAUCCUCUCUGUAUGAAGCAAUACUAUGGACUCUUUUCUUCCUAUCGUCUUCCAGGACAUACCAAAGAUACCCUUGUGGCCCAGAAAAGCAGUGUAAUGCCAGAACCAGAGCACAUCAUUGUUGCUUGUAACAAUCAGUUUUUUGUUUUGGAUGUUGUCAUUAAUUUCCGUCGUCUCAGUGAGGGAGAUCUUUUCACUCAGUUACGAAAGAUAGUCAAAAUGGCAGAGAAUGAAGAGGAAAUGCUGCCUCCAAUUGGCCUGCUGACAACAGAUGGAAGAACAGAGUGGGCAGAGGCCAGGACAAUCCUUAUGAAAGACUCUACUAACCGCGACUCUCUCGACAUGAUUGAACGGUGCAUAUGCCUGGUGUGCCUGGACAGCCCAAGUGGAGUGGAACUCAAUGAUACAAACAGGGCAUUGCAGCUGCUACACGGGGGAGGCUACCACAGAAACGGGGCCAACCGCUGGUAUGACAAACCUAUGCAGUUUGUGAUAGGAAGAGAUGGAGUCUGUGGUACUGUGUGCGAACAUUCACCUUUCGAUGGCAUUGUACUGGUGCAGUGCACUGAACACUUGCUCAGGCACAUGAAAGAAAGCUCCAAAAAAUUGGUGCGAGCUGAUUCUGUGAGUGAGCUUCCUGCUCCACGGAGACUAAGAUGGAAAUGUUCCCCUGAAAUUCAGACACAUCUGGCAUCAUCAGCGGAAAAACUCCAGAGGCUAGUAAAAAAUCUGGACUUUAUCGCCUACAAGUUUGAGAAGUACGGAAAGGAAUUUAUUAAGAAACAAAAGAUUAGCCCAGAUGCCUACAUACAAGUAGCACUUCAGCUGGCAUUUUACAGAUGCCACAGGAGGCUUGUCCCUACCUAUGAAAGCGCUUCCAUACGCCGAUUUGAUGAGGGCAGAGUCGACAACAUUAGGUCUGCUACUCCUGAAGCAUUUGCCUUUGUAAAAGCAAUGACUGACGACAAGACAACUCUAUCGGAUUCUGAGAAGAUGCAGAGAUUUAAGGAUGCAAUUGCAGCUCAGACUAAUUACACUAUUCUGGCUAUUACUGGAAUGGCAAUAGACAAUCACCUGCUUGGGCUUCGAGAAGUGGCACGGGAACACUUCAAGGAACUGCCAGAGAUAUUUAUGGAUGAGACAUACUUGACAAGCAACCGAUUUAUCCUCUCAACGAGCCAGGUUCCAACUACUAUGGAAAUGUUCUGCUGCUAUGGGCCUGUGGUGCCCAAUGGUUAUGGGGCAUGUUACAACCCUCAGCAAGAGCAUAUACUAUUCUGCAUCUCAAGCUUUAAAGACUGUAAAGAAACUUCCUCAGACCUGUUUGCAAAAGCUGUGGAAGAAAGUCUCCUAGAAAUGAAAGAUCUGUGCAGCAAAUGCAAGUCUACUACAGCAAAGCCACCUGCUAAACAAGCAGCAGCCACACAGCUGCAGAGUGACCACAAACUCUAAGAAGCUGUGGGAAUUACCCUCUUGAAUCCACCUGUUCAAGAAACAACAAUAGAGCUGUUCGAAGGCAAGGUAGCACUAGUAAUAUGUUAGUAUAGAACAAAAAAAGCCAUUUGUUUUACAUUUAAAACCCUGUUCAUAUGAAAUGUACCAUUUCUUGCUUGAGAGUAAGGAAAAAGGUAUGGUCUCACUGGCUGAAAUGAAGGAGGAAGUAGUGUAAGUCUGUGUUGUACCACCAUUUCUAACCAUAACUAACUUAUGCCAUUUUAUCACAUAAAACAUAGAGUAAGUUUGUAUAUGACAAAUUAAAUACUAAGACAUACCAACUAAUUAACAUCUCCUGAAACCAGUUCUAAAAUAUUCUCAUCUAUUCCAGCAAAAUUUGCAUGUAAAGGAAAAAAAAAAAACCCCAACAAUUAAAAAAACCCAAAAAGGGAAUUUCCCCUAACAGCAAUGUUGAAAGUAACACUGUAAACAAGAAGCUGAUGCCAUCACAUCUUGAACAUUUGCAUGAAGAGUAUUUAACACCACCAUUCCAUAAGAAAUAUAGAUUAUCCUUAAGAGUGAAUGCUAUUACCACAAAUAGAGUUUAGGAAGAUUAGUGUUCACAUAUUCACUCAAUUGAAAAAUGCUGCUGAUAUAAUCUGGCCUCUAUUCUAGUUUGCUCUGGCCUCAAGCACCAUUCUAUUCUGAAAGGAGCAUAUUAGAGGUAAGAUCCAUGACAAAAACUGAGGAAAUUUUGCCUGUAAUGAAUUUACUUAAUUAUUUUCUUGUAUGGGUCAGCAAAAUCCAGUUUGACAGAGAAACAAAGCACAAAGCGUAUGUGCAAUUGAGUC